AUGUUUAAGAGCGGUCUUGCCCGGACCUUCGGGAGGGCUGCUUUUGCUCGACCCUCGGUCGCCCGCCGCGCCGUCGAGCCUCUCAGAUCCAAUGCCCUUCCGGCCCUGACCGCCAGGUUCGCCAGCACCGAAGCCGGCGCUACUGGCAAGAUUCACCAGGUCAUCGGUGCCGUCGUCGACGUCAAGUUCGAUGGCGACAAGCUCCCUGCCAUUCUCAACGCCCUGGAGACCGAGAACAACGGCCAGAAGCUGGUCCUCGAGGUUUCUCAACAUCUGGGUGAGAAUGUCGUCCGUACCAUUGCUAUGGACGGUACUGAGGGUCUGACCCGUGGUGCUGCCGCUCUCGACACCGGCGCCCCCAUCAAGAUUCCCGUCGGUCCCGGCACCCUUGGCCGUAUCAUCAACGUCACUGGUGACCCCAUUGAUGAGCGUGGUCCUAUCAAGGCCACCAAGUUCUCCCCCAUCCACACCGAGCCCCCGGAGUACGUUGAGCAGUCUACCACUGCCGAGAUUCUCGUCACUGGUAUCAAGGUCGUCGACCUGCUCGCCCCCUACGCUCGUGGUGGUAAGAUCGGUCUCUUCGGUGGUGCCGGUGUCGGCAAGACCGUGUUCAUUCAGGAGCUGAUUAACAACAUCGCCAAGGCCCACGGUGGUUACUCCGUCUUCACUGGUGUCGGUGAGCGUACCCGUGAGGGUAACGAUCUGUACCACGAAAUGCAGGAGACCGGUGUCAUUCAGCUCGAGGGUGAAUCCAAGGUCGCCCUUGUGUUCGGUCAGAUGAACGAGCCCCCGGGUGCCCGUGCCCGUGUCGCCCUGACUGGUCUGACCAUUGCCGAGUACUUCCGUGACGAGGAGGGUCAGGAUGUGCUGCUCUUCAUUGACAACAUUUUCCGUUUCACUCAGGCCGGUUCCGAGGUGUCUGCCCUUCUGGGUCGUAUUCCCUCUGCCGUCGGUUACCAGCCCACCCUGGCCGUCGACAUGGGUGCCAUGCAGGAGCGUAUUACCACCACCACCAAGGGUUCCAUCACCUCCGUCCAGGCCGUCUACGUGCCCGCUGACGAUUUGACUGACCCUGCCCCUGCCACCACCUUCGCUCACUUGGACGCCACCACUGUCCUGUCCCGUGGUAUCUCCGAGUUGGGUAUCUACCCUGCCGUCGACCCCCUCGACUCCAAGUCCCGUAUGCUGGACCCCCGUAUCGUCGGUGAGGACCACUACAACACCGCCACCAAGGUCCAGCAGAUGCUCCAGGAGUACAAGUCCCUCCAGGAUAUCAUUGCCAUUCUUGGUAUGGACGAACUGUCUGAGGCCGAUAAGCUCACCGUCGAGCGUGCCCGUAAGCUCCAGCGUUUCCUGAGCCAGCCUUUCACUGUCGCCCACGUCUUCACUGGUAUCGAGGGCAAGCUUGUCGACCUGAAGGACACCAUCAGCAGCUUCAAGGCUAUCAUCAACGGCGAGGGUGAUGACCUUCCCGAGGCUGCCUUCUACAUGGUCGGUGACUUCCAGUCCGCUCGUGCCAAGGGUGAAAAGAUCCUGGCUGAGCUCGAGGGCAAGGCCUAG